GCGCCGCACACGCAAGUGACUCCCUUCCCUCGCACUGACCCCGCCAACGGACUUUGCCCUUUGGCACCGCCCCGAGGGCUCGCUCCUCCGGGGAACGAGCCGUUAGGAACUUCCCUCUCCCCGCGAGGCUGCCUGUGGAGCCUCCGCCAUGGAGCCCAAGGACGCCUGCUCCUCCCUCCCGCAGGUCAACUCCUCAAGUUUAGACCUAAGAACGCAAGUUCUUCAGUUCGUACAAGACCGAAUGCAGACUACUAUGCUAACUGGAAUAAUCAUUGGUGCGACGGUAGCCCUGUUGCUUAUUGGGAUCAUUGUCUAUUUUGUUUACCGGAAGGUGAAGCAAUCAAAGCAACCUCAGCCACAAGUGCCUCAAUACAGGUUCCGCAAGAGAGACAAAGUCAUGUUCUACGGCCGCAAGAUCAUGCGUAAGGUAACGACUCUGCCAAACUCCCUGGUUGGAAACCCAGUGCCUCGGCAGCGGAUGCGGAAGAGGGCCAAGGUCCUGUCCUUGGCAAAGAGAAUCCUGCGCUUCAAGAAGGAGUCCCCCACGCUGCAGCCAAAGGAGCCGCCUCCCUCCCUACUGGAGGCCGAUUUAACCGAGUUCGAUGUGAAGAAUUCCCACUUGCCCUCCGAAGUCCUUUACAUGCUUAAAAAUGUCAGGGUCCUCGGCCACUUUGAGAAGCCUCUUUUCCUGGAGCUGUGCAAGCACAUGGUCUUCGUGCAGCUGCACGAAGGGGAGUACAUCUUCCGCCCAGGGCAGCUGGACAACAGCAUUUACGUGGUGCAAGACGGCAAGCUGGAAGUCUGCCUCCAGGAAAAUGAUGGCACAGAGGUGGUGGUGAAAGAGGUCUCGGCGGGAGACAGCGUCCACAGCCUCCUCAGCAUUCUGGAUGUCAUCACGGGCCACCCUGCCCCAUACAAAACCGUUUCUGCUCGAGCAGCAAUGCCUUCCACCAUCCUGCGCCUCCCAGCCAACGCAUUUCAAGACGUCUUCCAGAAAUAUCCUGAGACUCUUGUUAGAGUCGUGCAGAUCAUCAUGGUGAGGCUGCAGAGAGUGACCUUCCUGGCUUUGCACAACUACCUUGGCUUGACCACCGAACUCUUCAGCUCCGAGAGCCAGGCCAUCCCGCUGGUGUCGGUCGCCAGCGUCACCUCUGGUGGAAGCAGAGCGGUGAAGAGGCAGCUGUCCAAUCUGUCCGAGGAUGAGCGAGCAGAGAAGCCAGAAACUGAGCCUGGGAAGUCUCCUGCAUCUGAAAAUCCUCUCAGAAGGAGCUUGUCUUUGUCAUCAUCCUCAGCAUCGUCCUCUGGAUACGCGGAUACUUCUGGAACCGUGACUGGUGGUAAUCCAGACUUGGACAGGGCCUAUGAAAGAGCCAGAGUCGCCUCUUCUUCCUCCUCUUCGGAGGUGCUUUCCAGCACUGCCACAUGCAAGUCCAUCUUGAAGAAGGUGACCGUGACGGAAAUGCCCUCAGUCAUCUUCCAUUACACGCAGGACCACCUCUCCGCGCAGGACCCCGGUGCCAACAAGCAAACUGGGGCCAUCUUAGAAGCCGCCAAGAUGGAUCUUUUAACCUUGAUGAAGCUGGAUGACCCCUGCCUUUUGAAUGGGAAAGUGAUGCUGCAUCAAGUUACUGGUGGGACGGUGGUGUCGAGGCAAGGGGACCAGGACGUCAACAUCCGGUUUGUGAUCUCGGGAAUGCUGCACGUCUAUCAGCGGAAGAUAGACUCCGAGGAGGAGACCUGCCUGUUCAUCACCCACCCCGGGGAGCUGGUGGGGCAGCUUGCCGCCCUCACGGGGGAGCCCCUCAUUUUCACCAUCAAGGCCAACCGCGACUGCAGCUUCCUGGCCAUCUCCAAGUCGCACUUCUAUGAGAUAAUGCGGGAACAGCCCUCGGUUGUCCUGGGCGUGGCUCACACGGUUGUGAAGCGGAUGUCGUCCUUUGUGAGGCAGAUCGACUUCGCCCUGGACUGGAUGGAAGUGGAAGCGGGGCGAGCUGUUUAUCGACAGGGCGACAGCUCAGAUUGCACCUACAUUGUGCUGAAUGGUCGGCUCCGCUCUGUCAUCACGAUGGACGAUGGGAAAAAGCAGCUGACGGGUGAAUACGGCCGUGGGGACCUGAUUGGCGUGGUCGAAGCCUUAACCCACCAGCCCAGGGCAACAACGGUGCAUGCAGUUCGUGAUUCUGAGCUGGCCAAGCUUCCUGAGGGAGCACUUACUUCGAUCAAACGCAAGUUCCCCCAGGUUGUGACUAGACUGAUCCAUUUGUUGGGCGAGAAGAUCCUUGGCAGCCUGCAGCAAGGGGCAGGUCACCCGCUUGGACUGCAUGCGUCGGGCAGCAAAUGGGAUGCCAGCAACCCUGCCAGCAACCUCUCCACUGUCGCCAUCAUGCCUGUAUCGGAAGAUGUGCCCCUCUCCACCUUCACCUUGGAGCUGAAGCACGCCCUCUGCGCCAUUGGUCCCGCUCUGCUGCUCACCAGUGACAACAUCAAACAGCAACUUGGCUCUGCAGCUCUCGACAGCAUCCAUGAGUACCGUCUGUCCAGUUGGCUGGGCCAGCAGGAGGACAUGCACCGCAUCGUCCUCUACCAGUCCGACAGCACCCUCACCCCCUGGACCCAGCGCUGCAUCCGCCAGGCUGACUGCAUCUUGAUCGUAGGCCUGGGAGAGCAGGAGCCGACUGUCGGAGAGCUGGAGCGGAUGCUGGAGAACACGGCUGUCCGAGCCCAGAAGCAGCUGGUCUUGCUUCACAGAGAGGACGGGCCUCUUCCUUCCCGCACUGUGGAGUGGCUCAACAUGCGGAGCUGGUGCUCGGCUCACCUCCACCUCCGCUGCCCCCGUCGUGUCUUCUCCCGGCGGAGCCGCCCCAAGCUGAAAGAACUGUACGAACGUGUGUUUCAGAAGCCUCCGGACAGACACUCGGACUUUUCCAGGCUGGCCCGUGUCCUGACCGGGAAUGCGGUCGCUUUAGUGCUUGGAGGAGGCGGGGCACGAGGCUGUUCCCAAGUGGGCAUCAUCAGGGCGCUGAACGAAGCAGGCAUCCCCGUCGACAUGAUUGGCGGCACCUCCAUUGGCUCCUUCAUGGGAGCGGUCUACGCUGAAGAGCGCAGCUACACCCAAAUGAGGAUCAAAGCCAGGCAGUGGGCGAUGACCAUGAAUUCGGUGUUCAGAACUAUCUUAGACUUGACGUACCCAAUCACCUCCAUGUUCUCCGGAGCCUCGUUCAAUCAUGGCGUCUGCAGCAUCUUCAAAGACAAACAGAUUGAGGAUCUUUGGAUUCCUUACUUCACCAUUACAACAGACAUCACUGCCUCGGCUAUGAGGGUCCACACAGAUGGCUGCCUAUGGCGGUACAUCCGGGCCAGCAUGUCCCUCUCUGGCUACUUACCCCCCCUCUGCGACCCCAAAGACGGGCACCUCCUGAUGGACGGAGGUUACAUCAACAAUCUCCCAGCGGACGUUGCGAGGUCCAUGGGGGCGAAGGUGGUAAUCGCCAUCGAUGUGGGGAGCAGAGAUGAGACGGACCUCACCAAUUAUGGCGACGCCCUCUCUGGCUGGUGGCUGCUGUGGAAGCGGUGGAACCCCCUGGUGGAGAAGGUGAAGGUGCUGAACAUGGCCGAGAUCCAGACCCGGCUUGCCUAUGUGUGCUGCGUACGGCAGCUGGAGAUGGUCAAGAACAACGACUACUGCGAGUACAUCCGGCCACCCAUAGACCGUUAUGGCACCUUGGAUUUUGGGAAGUUCGACGAAAUCUGUGAAGUGGGCUACCAGCACGGGCGGACAGUAUUUAACGUCUGGUGCCGGAGUGGUGUCCUGGACAAGAUGCUGAAGGACAGGCAGGAGCUCUGUAAAUCCAAACUUCCAGGCGUGGUGACCUGUCCCACAACCUCCUUCACGGAUCUGGCAGAAAUAGUCUCCAGAAUUGAGCCAGUCAAGGCUGCCGUAGUGGAUGACGAGUCCGACUAUCAGACAGAGUACGAGGAGGAGGUUCUUGGCAGUCAGAAGGACGACUACGUCAAUUUCCUGAGCAACCAGAUGGAAGAUGACUCAGACUCCCAGGACCAAGAACUCCGGCAAAGGAAGCAGGCCAGCCUCGACAGCCAAGGAAGCAGCAGGGCAGAGCUGAGCUGAGUGGCUUGCCUGGGGGAGGGACACACUCCCACAGCCUAGCUGGGCCUUUGCUGUUCAUCGCAAAGCUUCCUCCCUUUGCCAUUACAAAGCUUCCGCGGUUUGAGAAAGGCAGCGGUUUAUCGGGGUUUUUUCUGUCUGUCCUUCCUAAACCCAGCUGGGUAGCAAGAGAAAAGGGGCUACCGCUUCUGGCUGAACUCUCUCUCCCUUGGAUGCAACUCUGCAGAAACCUUUCGUCAGCAGCUUGUCCCAAACCCCUCCGGGGCAGCGCUGGAUUCCUGCAAGCUGGCUGUGGAGUUAACAGAGUAUUUUUCUGCUUGUUCUAUGAACAAAAGGGCGCCAGCAGAGGGGGAAGAGUGUGUGUGUGUGUGUGUGUGUUGUAAAAGAGAGGGGGGAGUCUUUAAUGACUCCUCUCCCCCUGUUUUAUAUAGUUCUUGCACCAGCAUCUGCAACGGUUCUGUGGUAAUUAGCAAGAAGCCUGAACGUUAACAUGCAAAUGCGUCGGGAUGUUCCUCGCUUGCAUCCGACACACACGGUGUGAAAACGAAGCCAUCUGCUGGGAGCCGACUCGCCCAGCAGCGGAGGCAGCGCUCCUUACGGAGCCAACACCACCGCUGGUUGACAUACUUUUGCAAGGCCUGCUUUCCACAGCAGGGCUGGUAAAUGAGGAGGGGACCUUUCCCCCGCAUGUGCCUGUCUAACGCUCCAUGCACAAGGCCUCGGCCUGCCUGGCAGGUGCGUCAUUUCCACUUUGGCAAACACACACAGAAGGCACUGUUGCCUCCGGACCGUCCGGAUAACUUUGUUCCAUCUGACAGCAUUGGGCUCUCUCUCUCCCCGUCCUCCAGAUGUUUUUUAAAAAAUAAAAACCCAGCAACCAAA